CACCUUACCCUGAGGAAGCGGCGAUGACCGACGGCUAGCCGGGAAGGCAGCCCGCUGAUUGCCGCCUGGCUGAAGACGCAGCCACCAGCAGCCAGGACACCCACCCGGCCCCGCUCCCCCUCCCGGCCUCCCCAGCUCGGCGGCGUCCCGGGGGCAGGGCAUGCCGGGGCAGGGGCCGCAGGGGCCGGGCAGCCGCGGCGAGGACGUACAGCCAGCGGCUGGGCCGGGCGCAGCGUGUCCCUGCCAUUUCGGGCCCCUGCGGGAGCUUAGGGUUGGCACAUCGUAGCCCCGGGGCCAGCCGUCAGCCCCGAGCCCCGGUGGGGGUGAAGAUGGAACCAGCAGAAGAAAUCACAUUCUCUGAUGUCCAGAAGCAUGAAAAGAGUUUUUUUGCAGGUUAUACAGGGGACUGCAUUUUGACUGAAAGUGAAGGAGAAAGUGACAUCCUGGAAAGCCCUGAGCAAGAUGUACCGCUUCAGCUACCUGAAACCCACAGUCCAGGCUGGGUGGCAGCCAGACUGCAACAGCAUCAGAGAGCAGCGUGCAAUAAACCUGCUCGCCGAGGAAGAAGAGGCUCCAGGAAACUGACUCUCAUUGCUAAUCAGCAGACGCUACACACAGAUGAAAAGCCCUACAAGUGUACUGAAUGUGGGAAAGGCUUCAAGGGGACCACUACUCUGCUGAACCACAUGAGAGUCCACACAGGAGAAAAAACAUUUGAAUGUUUAGAAUGUGGAAAGAGAUUUAACAGAAAAGCUGGCCUGGUAGUGCACAGGAGAGUCCAUACAGGAGAGAAGCCAUACAAGUGCGAGGAAUGUGAGAAGAGCUUUGGCUGUAGUUCAAAUCUUAUUGCUCACCGCAAAAUCCAUGCUAAAAAGAAAGCCUUUUCUUGUGAUACACACAGCCAAAGUGGAAGCACGGUGCUGUCUCAGCAUCAGAGAGCCCAUAUGGAUGAGAAGCCCUGUGGGAGUGCUGAGUGUGGAAAUAGCAUCUGUCCAUAUUCAGGCUUCAUCAAACGUCAAGGGAUUUAUGUGACAGAGACCCCCAGUGAAAACACAGCAGGUGCAAACUGUUCGGAACUUACAUCUCAGCAUCAUGAAGAACAGCAAAUGAGUGGUACAGAGAAACUUGAUAUGGAUCAAUCAAAUCUUAUUUUUGAAGAGUUGAAGAAAACGAGGGAAAAUAUGGACAUGCUUCUUCUGAAUCAGCAAAGUCAGCUGCAGGUCCUGCAACAAAUUCAGAAACAACUAAAUAUACUCCUGCCAGGCAACGAUCUCAUUAAUUCAAAUGUUUAUAGUUUAGGACUGCUGCUAGGACGGCAAGCCGCUGCAAUGGCAUCUCUUUCUUUUCCCCUUCUUAAUCCGAGCAGUCUCCUCCCUCAAAGUACCUGCCACUCAUCCCAGUCAUCUGCUCCUGAAAUUCUCCCUUCCAGUCAGCACCCAACCUCUCAAUUUCCUGCAGCUUCUACAACUUGAUCAGCUUUGUGCUAUGAAUGUGUCAAAUGUAAACUAAUGCAAAUACAAUUUUAUACUGUCUUCUCAUUCUACAUUACAACACAGAGAACAUGUUUGAAACUCUGGUACCUUUGCAGAUGCUGACCCUAAAAUCAGAUUUUGAAGGAUGCAUCAACUAAUAUAAGCUGAUCAAAUCCAUUCAUUCAUUGCAGUAUGUGGAGGUGUUGGCCAGCAAUGUGUUUUGUCAGGGCAGCUCAAGAGAUUUUUUAUCACCAAGAUGCAGUUAAAUGGAACAUCCACAUAUAAGAUACUGCAUUAAAUUUAAGCAUUGGUUUCUAAAAGAUAAAUCCUUAAUAUGUACUUUGGUCACUGGACCUCUCCUAAUGAGCUGAAGCUGAUGAUAAAAUAUUCAAGGAUGCUUUAAGCAACUCCUAUUAAGUAAUUUAUGUGUGUUGCUUACACACAUCUGUAAAGGGUUAAAUUCAACUGCAGCACUAUUCCCAGCAUAAUUUACAAAAACUUCUUUCAUUCAGGAAAGCUUUAAAUUUAGGUGACUUUAACUGAUUCUCAGGCCAGCAUUACUACAAAAAACAGAUUUAUUAUUUUCUUUAAAAACAAAACACCAUUCAUGUUUACUUUGCUUCUCAAGAUUUCUUGA